AUGGUCGCUCGCUCAGCGCCAACGUUGAGAUUUUCCUCCGUGCGACACAAAGAUCCAUCACCCACAUCCGAUCCACAGAGCAAAAUUUCCUCCUUCACCACCACCACUACCACCACCACCACAACACCCAAUAAUUCGUCAACCGUCACCACCCGGCGACAUUCCAUAAUCCAACAACAGUUACAGCAGCAACAAGAACGACGACAACGCACUACCCUCAUACAAUCUAAGCUCCCGUUCGCCCCGCCCUCCUCCACCGGCGCUCUACAAUCCCAAUCCCACUCCCAACUCCAACAGAAACCCACCAAGACGACUCCGGCCUCCGACCGGCCCUUCAAAAAGGCAAAACUGGAUGGUCGCCACUAUGACCAGGCACCCAUCACCAGGCCUGCAAAACUUCCCCUGCGCAGCAGGGAUUCGCAGGGCCUUCUAGCACCCUCCGAACCAUCCCUGGCUUCACGAACCCGCUCGUCCACUGGUCGCGCUACCACAACACCUGCGACCACCACAGCUCUCACUGCAACUACAACUACUGAUAGACUUCCCACCAUCGCUACUAAUACCAAGUCCGCUGCCUCCACAACACCGGUUCCGCCCCGCCUUACUGCCUCCCCCGCAUCCCCGUCGGCGGAAACUCGGACAACACGACAAUCUGUGCAUAGUCACCGUCACCUGCGCAACCGGCCCGUGGCGGUGAAUGGAGAUGUGGAGAAUAAGGCUGCCGUGCCGACGCUCCGGGAUACCAUUGAUAACAAUAAUAGUAUCAAUACCGGUGCCAAUGCCAAUGCCGAAGCCGAAGCCGAUGAUUUGGGAGCCCGGAAUAUGAGUAGUGGUAUCGUCGAUGGUGAUGGGCUGCUGAAGAAUAAUGGGGUUUCUCCUUCCACCGCUGUUGUGAGCCGGGAGAAGAGAUCGUUAAGAUCCAAUGAUGGCGGUUCGAGGUCGAAGAGUGAAUUGGCGAUGUAUUUUCAGAAUUAUGAGCAGAUUGUUAGUUUGGAGCCGAUUAAGCCUGCCUUUGAUUUAUCCCGAAUUUGCCAUGAGCUAAUCCUAGCAGAAUUUCUUUGUGCAGACACACAUAUUUUCCUGAUCGAUGAUCUCACUCAAGCCAUCGUACUUGACCCUGAACCGACAAAAUCCUCAGCGCCCAAAUCUCGAGGGAAGCAGGUUCAUAAGUAUCUUAAAAAUGGCUACACCUUGCAAUCAGCAAUGAACAACCCACUCCUCGAGCUCCAUGACGCUCAAAUACUAAACUUUCCCUCUCCAUCAAAUAAUAGCAAAAAACCACCAAAAGAUCCCCUGGAUGACGAUGUCUAUUUUAAAGCCCAUCGGAGGCUCGAACGGCAAGAAAAGCAACUUCGAAAUAUUGAACGGGAGAGGGCUCAGCAUGAGAAAGUGCAGCUUGAUCGGUUACUGGAUGAGUUGCAGGGCCAUGAUUGGCUGCGAGUUAUGGGUAUCAGCGGAAUCACGGAGACGGAGAAGAAGUUAUAUGAACCCAAACGAGCAUACUUCAUCAAAGAGGUGACGGCAUUAAUUGAGAAAUUCAGAGUGUGGAAGGAGGAGGAGAAACGGAGGAAAAUAGAAAGGGACCAGAUCCUUGCAGAGGAGGAUGAGGAUGGAUAUAACGAAGAACACGAAACCGGUGACGAAGGUGAAGAGGAGGUAGAGGAAGAGGAAGAGGAAGAGGAUACCAACCCCCCCUUCAACGAUGGGGAGCUGGGACGAUCCUCUCCACACUUUCAAACCUACGGUGAGCCCCCAGACAUCAAUGAUGUCGAUGCCUGGGCAGCCCACCAGCUCCAUCAAGAAGCCAUCUCAGCCUCCACCACCACAGCACGCUACCGCAAUCUACGUCAUCUUCAUCCUCCUCCUCCUCCUCCUCCUCUUCCUCUUCCACACCCAUCCACCGCCUCAAAAGCCCUCUCACCCUCCUCACCCACUCCCACCACCUCCUCCACCUCCACCUCCCCAACCUUCUCUACCUCCCACUAUGCCCAUACAGGCCACGAUUCUGACCAAGUCCCCCAAACCCCUAGCCCAGCAACUACAUUCACAUCAACGGGACCCUCCCUCCUCCCACCAUCCCAGCCGCAACCGCAACCGGAGGCAGAAGAACCCUUCACAUCGUUCUAUACGAAACGCUACCUGCGCGACGCCGCCGUUGGAAAAAGCAGACACGGCGGCCGCCGCUGGCGCACCAGGACAGCGACGGCGACGGCAUUCGGCCAGCCGCUGCCGGAGAUAGGAGAGCAGGAGUUCGAGUUGCCUGGUGAUAUUCUUACGGAGGAGGCUAUUGAGGCGUGUCAGAGGAAGAAGAGGAGAUUGAGGAGGGAGAGGGGGUAG